AUGGAGCCCCAUGAGGAGAAGCCCAUCAUCUACACGAUGGAGAACAAACCCAUAGUGACCUCGCUGACCCAGCAGCUGCCCAGAGAGCCCAUGGAGUGGAGGAGGUCUUACGGACGAGCACCGAAGAUGAUCUAUCUGGAGGCUAAUUUUGUCCAGUUUAAGGAGGAACUGCUUCCUAAAGAAGGGAAUAAAGCUCUGCUGACGUUCCCCUUCCUGCACAUCUACUGGACCGACUGCUUCGACUCGGAGGUGUACAAGGCGUCGGUGAAGGAGGACAUGCAGCGCUGGCAGGCAGCUCUGCGUCUGCACGGUUCGGUGGAUUGGCUCAUCGCGGUGGUGGAGAGCGACAACAAGAAGAAGAACAAGACCAACCUCCUGCCGCGCACCUCCAUCGUCGACAAAAUCCGCAGCGACUUCUGCAACAAGCAGAGCGACAGGUGUGUGUCUCUGUGCGAUCCGCUGAAGGAGUCGUCGCGCUCGCAGGAGUCCUGGAGCUCGUUCCUCACGAAGCUCCGCACGCUGCUGCUCAUGUCCUUCACCAGGAAUCUGGGCCGCUUCGAGGACGAGAUGAGGACGCUGCGAGAGAAACGCACCGAGCCCGGCUGGAGCUUCUGCGACUACUUCAUGGUGCAGGAGGAGCUGGCGUUUGUGUUCGAGAUGCUGCAGCAGUUUGAAGACGCUCUGGUCCAGUAUGAUGAACUAGACGCUCUUUUCACGCAGUAUGUGCUCAACUUUGGCGCUGGAGACGGAGCUAACUGGCUGGGCUCGUUCUGUCAGCCGGUGCGCAGCUGGAACGGGCUGCUGCUGCGGCGGCCCAUUGACAUGGAGAAGCGUGACCUGAUCCAGAGAGGAGAGGCCAGUCUGCUGGACCUGCGCAGCUACCUGUUCUCUCGCCAGUGUACCCUGCUCAUCUUCCUGCAGAGACCCUGGGAGGUGACGGCUCGCGCGCUCGAGCUGCUGCACAACUGCGUGCAAGAGCUGCGGCUGCUGGAGGUGUCUGUGGUGAGCGGCGCUCUGGACUGCUGGGUGUUUCUCAGCUGUCUGGAGGUCCUGCACCGGAUAGAGGGCUGCUGCGACCGCAGCCAACUGGAGGCCAACACCUCCCACACCGUGGGCCUGUGGACCUACGCCACGGAGAAGCUGAGGUCUCUGGGUGAUCUGUGUGGUCUGGUGUCCGAGAACGGCCCGAACUCUGAGGACCUGAACAAAACCGUCGACCUGCUGGCUGGUCUGGGAGCAGAGAGGCCCGAAACGGGUAAUUAUGAUGAAAUAACGCAUCAUUUUCCAUUAUCCUUAUUGUAUGAGAGUCAGAAGCCGGGUGUGUAUACUCUCCGGCAGCUGUGUGCGACGCUGGGCCAAGUGCAGUUCAUUCUGCCACAUCUUUACCCUGUGGUUCAGUAUGAGGUUUACUCUCAGGAGCCUCAGCUCAGCAUCCAGCCGCUCACAGCUGGCGUUCAGGCAGCAGUGUGUGUUCAGCGUGUGGGAGCUGCGAUGGAGCGGUGUGUCUCCCGUCUCUCUGCACUGUGUGUUCUCGGCUGCUUUCGCUCCUGCAGACGCUCUGGACGCGGCGCUCAAACCCUACAGAUACGACUUCACUCUGGAGCGAGUUUCGUGAUUGACAACAACAGUAACUGGGCGGUGUGCGGGAAGAGUUCAGGGGUCGUUUCCAUGCCGGUGGCUGCCAUGGCGACACACAAGGUUCACAUGGAGGUCAUGCCGCUGUUCGCGGGUCACCUACCGUUUCCCAACAUCCGUGUGUUUAAGUACCUGCCACACCACAGCAGCCCCGUCAUCCCACCUGACACAGUGUUUGGCUUUAGUUGUAUAAAUAAUCGAGAUGAUUACCUGUGUUUGUGUUUGUGUUUGUGUGUGUGUGUGUCUGCAGUGAUUGACAACAACAGUAACUGGGCGGUGUGCGGGAAGAGUUCAGGGGUCGUUUCCAUGCCGGUGGCUGCCAUGGCGACACACAAGGUUCACAUGGAGGUCAUGCCGCUGUUCGCGGGUCACCUACCGUUUCCCAACAUCCGUGUGUUUAAGUACCUGCCACACCACAGCAGCCCCGUCAUCCCACCUGACACAGACUCGUGUCUGGAGAACGACAGUCUGUCUCUGGAGGAUCAGGCGGAGACGGCGAGUCUGCGCAGCCGAGGCAGUGUCCAGUCUCUGGGCAGCGGAGAGUCUGCGCAGCCGCGGGGCCCGAUGCCCAAACGCCAGGCUUUCGGCCCCGGACAGGUGUUCAGCAGCACACAGGGCCAGCAGGUGUUAGUGCUGCCCUCCGCUGACCAUCACCUGAUGGAGGUCAACGUCACAUGACCCGCCGGGGGUCACACGGACACAAGACUCGCCUCCGUCACGCGCUUCAUGAGACACCAGCUGUCUCUCAGAUAUCCCAUAAUGCCUUGCAGCCCCUCCUCUGUGUGCUCAGGCGUGUGUGUGUGUGUGUGUGUGUGUGUGUGAGAGAGAGAGAGACACCUGCUGUACAUAAUAGAUGCGAUUAAAGAGAAUCUUCUGAACCAAA